UAUGAAAUUAACUUAUUAGGACACGAGGUUUCAAUCAAAAUCGUUGCCUUGUGAGCCUGCCCACAUGACAUUAGCUGAAAAAGUAGUUUUUGUUUGGUCCAUUCACUAGAUUUUUUAUGCUCGUUCUCCCUCUGACCUCCCCCACACCAUUUUAUCACCCCAAAAAAAAAAAAAAAAACCCCUAUUAUUACUAUAAUAAAUAAAAUAAAAAGGGGAAAAAAAGAGAAAAAUUUGGGACACACCUGCUACCGCUAGUCUCUCUCUAGUCCGCUGCUGUCUGUCCGUAGAGAGUCCAAGUCCAAGGCCGAAGGAGCUAAACCCCAUUUCAAUUUUCGAUCCACUUUGGGCUCAGCGCCCACCAAAUGCUCUCUGCAAUUCCUAUUUCCAAGGUCUCUCCAGCUUUCUCGCGUGUUUUUCUCUGAAACCCAGGUAUUGUUAUUGGAGGGUAGUUUUGUGGUAGGAUUUUAAAUUUUAAGCCAUUUGGGUCUGUAAAUUUCACGGCGUUUAUCAGCUUACCUUUCUCUGAGAUCUGAGUUUUACUGUUAUAAGAUGGCUACCUAUACGUCGGCCUAUUUUACCCUUUCUGAUACUCGAAACCCGGCAGGGGUGCUCACUGUACUUAGAGGUAGAGCACCAGCUGAGAACCAUUUUGGAAGAAGUGUUUGUAUGAAAGGAUUGGAGGACAAGUAUGGACUUUUUGGUGGAAGCCAAAAGUCACAUUUGCAUCAACUUAAGUGUUCUUCCAACUCUCACAGUGUUAGUCCAUACCAACGCAAAGACCCUUUUCUGAAUCUACACCCGGAGAUUUCGAUGCUUAGGGAAGGGAACAACAGUGUCAACAACCCGAGGAAAGAGAGUUUGGGUGGAGGUGUUACUGAGAGCUUAGGAGAUGAAUCCGGUUCGAACAAAUACAACGAAGCAAAAAUCAAGGUUAUUGGUGUUGGUGGUGGUGGGUCGAAUGCAGUUAAUCGCAUGAUAGAGAGUUCAAUGAAGGGUGUUGAGUUCUGGAUCGUUAACACAGAUGUUCAAGCCAUGAGAAUGUCGCCUGUGUUUCCAGAAAACCGUUUGCAAAUCGGUCAAGAGCUUACCAGAGGGCUUGGUGCUGGUGGGAACCCAGAGAUAGGCAUGAAUGCCGCAAAAGAAAGCAGAGCAUUAAUAGAGGAAGCACUUCAUGGAUCCGACAUGGUCUUUGUUACGGCUGGAAUGGGUGGAGGCACCGGCACUGGUGGGGCACCUAUAAUUGCUGGGAUUGCAAAGUCAAUAGGAAUCUUGACUGUUGGUAUUGUCACAACCCCUUUCUCUUUUGAGGGACGAAAGAGGGCAGUUCAAGCACAAGAAGGAAUAGCUGCUUUAAGAGAGAAUGUUGAUACACUGAUAGUCAUUCCAAACGACAAGUUAUUGACUGCAGUUUCCCAGUCCACCCCAGUAACAGAAGCGUUUAACCUUGCUGAUGAUAUUCUUCGACAAGGUGUUCGUGGUAUCUCUGAUAUAAUCACGGUACCAGGGCUUGUAAAUGUGGAUUUUGCUGAUGUAAGGGCUAUAAUGGCAAAUGCUGGUUCUUCGUUGAUGGGAAUAGGAACUGCAACUGGGAAGACCAGGGCAAGAGACGCCGCUUUAAAUGCCAUCCAAUCACCUUUACUAGAUAUUGGUAUUGAGAGGGCAACUGGAAUUGUGUGGAACAUAACUGGCGGAACUGAUCUGACCUUAUUCGAGGUAAAUGCUGCAGCAGAGGUUAUAUAUGACCUUGUGGAUCCAACUGCAAAUUUAAUAUUUGGAGCAGUGAUAGAUCCAUCACUCAGUGGUCAAGUCAGCAUAACUUUGAUCGCAACCGGAUUUAAACGCCAAGAAGAAAGUGAAGGAAGGCCAAUCCAGGCACAGGGCGACAUUGGCCUCGGAAUCAAUCGGCGGCCAUCCUCUUUUACCGACGGUAGCUCAGUGGAAAUUCCCGAUUUCUUAAAGAAGAAAGGACGUUCACGUUAUCCAAGAGCCUGAUAUGCUUUAUCCCAAUUCCCAAGAAUGUCGUUCCUUCUCUAUUCAGCAUCCCUUCUUAGGGUUCCAAAUACGCCUUGUAGGUAGUAGACACCUGUGCCCUCUUUGUUUAGUGGUUUGCCAUGAGAUAUAGCAGGUAUACUGGUACUGAGUAGUGGAUAAUAACUUGUUCUAGGUUUGUUUGUGUGCCAAAGAAUUCAGCCUGUUUUUUCUUAAUCCAUCAGAUUUGAAUGGAUUGCCUUGUAUAGAAUUUGCCUUCUAAAGAGUCAUGUAGAGCCAUUUAUGGUUCAAGAUUUUUCGUUUAUUUACCAAGCGUUUGUGACCAUUUCUGAAA